UGAAUGACAUUGAAGUGAAGUCUCAGCUGUUUUUAUCAAUUCUGUUUUUAAUCAUAGCAGCACCUGGUUAUUAUGAUAAUGUAACUUUAUUUAUGCCGUGAUAUUCGUUUAAAUAACUCGUGUCCUUUACUUGAUACUUACUUAAUUACUAGAAUCAUGUCUAACAGUGUAACGGUUGACACUAAACCGUAUGAGGGCCAAAAGCCGGGCACAAGUGGAUUGCGUAAAAAAGUUAAAGUUUUCGUUCAAGAAAACUACACGGAGAAUUUUAUUCAAUGCAUUUUGGACGUGAAUAAAACCUCUUUGAUAGGAUCGACGCUGGUUGUCGGAGGAGACGGAAGGUAUCUCGUGAAAGAGGUUGUUGAUAAAAUUAUUAAGAUCAGUGCAGCGAAUGGGGUUUCGAAAUUGAUAGUAGGACAAAAUGGAAUACUAUCAACUCCUGCUGUGUCUUAUAUUAUUAGAAAAUAUAAAACUCUCGGUGGUAUAGUUCUCACGGCGUCCCACAAUCCGGGCGGUGUGGACGAAGACUUUGGCAUAAAGUUCAACUGCAGUAACGGAGGCCCAGCUUCCGAUGCUACCACCGAUGCCAUCUACAAACUCACCACCUCGAUAAAGCAGUACAAGAUUGUUCCAGAUUUAAACUGCGCCAUUGACAAAAUCGACGUACAUACUUUUCAGGUAGAUCAGCGGCAGUUUACAGUCGAAGUCAUAGAUGCAGUGGAAGAUUAUGUUUCGUACAUGAAGGAGAUCUUCGAUUUCCCGAAGAUCAAGGCUUUGAUCCAGGGAACGGAGCAGAGGAAGCCCUUCAACGUGCUCAUUGAUGCUAUGAACGGAGUAACCGGACCCUACGUGAAGCGGAUAUUCUUAGAGGAGCUAGGUUGUUCCGAGAAGAACGUGCGACGUAUCGUGCCCCUGGAAGACUUCGGCGGGGCUCAUCCGGAUCCGAACUUGACGUACGCCGCGGAUUUGGUCGAGGCUGUCAAAGAAGGGGACUAUGAUUUCGGGGCCGCUUUCGACGGAGACGGGGACCGCAACAUGAUACUAGGGCGGGACGCGUUCUUCGUGACGCCGUCGGACUCCCUGGCGGUGCUGGCCGACAAUCUGGAGUGCAUACCGUACUUCGCGCGAGGGGGCGUGCGGGGGCUGGCGCGCAGCAUGCCCACCGCCGCCGCCGUGGAUCGGGUGGCGGCCGCGCGCGCCCUGCCCCUCUUCGAGGUGCCCACCGGUUGGAAAUACUUUGGCAACCUGAUGGACGCGGGCCAGCUGUCGCUGUGCGGAGAGGAGAGCUUCGGUACCGGGUCCGACCACGUGCGGGAGAAGGACGGGCUGUGGGCGGCGCUGGCCUGGCUCUCCCUCCUGGCGCACUCCGGCCGGUCCGUGCAGGAGAUGCUGCAGGCGCACUGGAAACAGUUCGGGAGGAACUACUUCACGAGGUACGACUACGAGAACUGUUCCUCGGAGUCCUGCGAGGAGAUGAUGAGCGUCCUUGAGCGCACCAUGACCUCGCCCGGGUUCGUGGGCUCGGCGCACUCCGCCGGCGGUAAGGAGUACGUCGUCAAGCUAGCCGACAACUUCUCCUACGUGGACCCCAUCGAUCAGAGCGUGGCCAAGAGACAGGGCCUGCGGAUAAUAUUCGAGGACGGAUCCCGCAUAGUGUUCCGUCUCAGCGGCACGGGCAGUUCCGGCGCUACCGUCAGAGUCUACGUGGACUCGUACGAGGCGGUGAGCGUGGGGGGCGCCGCUGCUGACGCGCUGGGGCCGCUCGUCAGCAUCGCCCUGGACAUAUCCCGCUUGAAGCAAUACACGGGUCGGGACGAGCCCACAGUCAUCACUUAAAGUUACAACGAGAAAACUUAACACGAACUAAAACUUUACACACAAUAUUGAAUUUUAAAGAAAGUAGUUUAUGUAUUUAGUCUUAUUUAACAGAACUAAUGGUCCUCCAGUAGUCAAACUUCGACUAUAAUUAAUUAACAUUAUUGUGGUUCUAUUGUCAAAGAUUAUCAUACUUCUAUAUUAACAGAUUUCGCCAAAACUACACUAAGUAUAGAUUAUUUUUUUAGGGAUUUUAUGACCUGGUAACUAAGACCUUUAAGUCAUGUCUUAUUUUAAUUUAUAUUCUUAUUUUUAUGAAAAAAUGAUAAUAUGGGGUUAAAUGAAAUGAAAUGAGAUGAUAUGGGAUGAAAUAUAAAAUAUAAUAUAAUCUCAGUAAAAUGGUGGUCAUUUACUGAGACUUUUCCAGUGAACUUUUUGGAGGAUCCCGAGAAGUUACGUUCAGCGGCUUUGUUUUAUUAUCCCACAUUUUUGCACUUUCACAGAUACUAAACAGUUAAUAAACCACCGUUAUUACACAUUUAAGCCUGAAGAAACAAUAAACAGACAAAAUAAAACAAAUCGCACAACUUCACUACUCGUGUUCCCGCCAAAAUGUCCAUUUGCUUCAGGUAAUAAUAAUAUUAUAUAGAUUACAGAUUACUACGUGACAUCGGGUGACUAAUCACUAGUGAAAUUAGCUCUAAUGGAGAUAAGAUAAAUUUUAUUGUGGGGAGCCUCGGGGGGGGAGGCUUAUGUUCAGCAGGAGACGUCUGUCGGCCUGUUGAUGAUGACAAAGAUUGCAAUAUUAAUUUGAUGUUUUAAAUAAAUAAAUAAACAUAUUUAAAUUGAUGCUGAAGUGUAAAAAAAAACAGCUCGAUACUUAUUUAAAUUAAUUUUACGGUUCAUUGUAUGGUUUUGAAAAUUCGAUAAACUGAUCUCAAAAAGGCUAAAUUUUUUAAUUAUUUAAAUAUUUCAUUUCAUUAAAUAAAAAAAAAAAACAUGUUGCAUGUUGCAUUUUAGUUUUAUCCUAAGAUCAGUUUUAUCGAAUUUUUAUUUUAUUUUCUAUAGGUAUUGAAAUAAAAGCAAUUUUCUAUUGUGUGUUAUUUUUUAAUCACAAAACAAAAAAUAUUUUUAUACAAUAAAAGCCAAAGGCGAUGCAGCUCUUUUUUUUUAAAUAAUAUUUUAAAAUAAACAAAUAUACAUAUAAUAUAAAAA